GUCAGGGGAGGGGCAAGUGACGCUGGGGAGCGGGGUUUGGGGGAGGGCAGUGAUCCGGGAGGAGGAAAUUUGGGAGGAGUGUCCGGGGGGCAGCAACUUAAAAGGGGGAGGGACCUGCGGCUGAGAAGACGUUCGAGGAUGGGAGCGCAAUGUAUGAGGGGAUACCGUGCCUCAGGUUUAAAAGAGCAGGAAGCUAAGUGAGAGCUUGGAGAAAAAGUGUCUUCGCUAGGCGGAGGUUACAGGUGGUGUCUCGAAAAAGAGCUCUCAGGCUGCAGGCUGUAGUCGGCGGGGAGAUCAGAGAACUGUGUGGAAGGGACAGUUUGGGGUCUAGCGUCCUGAGGUGAGGGAGGAAGUUCUUGACUUUGGGGGGACUGGCAGGAAUGUGCCUCCUGGCCCUCGGUGCUUCCCCCCUUGGGGGAAGCAUGGUGAGGGACUCUGGCAGGCUCCACUGAAUGCUGAGCCACGGAGGUCCAGCUCCACGUAUGGAUCCAGGGAAUAAGAAUUCAGCCACAGAGGCUGCCGCGAUUGUAGACCGUGAUCCUGACUUCGAACCCCAGAGUCGUCCCCGCUCCUGCACCUGGCCCCUUCCUACACCAGAGCUUGCUACAGAGCCGUCGGAGCCGCGCGAGGUGGAGCCAGAUCUGGGACAGAAGGUACACACGGAGGGGCACUCCGAACCGAUCCUGUCGCCCUCCCAGCUCCCAGAGCCGGCAGGGGGCCCCCAGCCGGGGAUCCUGGGGGCUGUAACAGGUCCUCGGAAGGGAGGCUCCCGCCGGAAUGCCUGGGGAAAUCAGUCCUAUGCAGAACUCAUCAGCCAGGCCAUUGAAAGCGCCCCGGAGAAGCGGCUGACACUCUCUCAGAUCUACGAGUGGAUGGUCCGCACUGUGCCCUACUUCAAGGACAAAGGUGACAGCAACAGCUCAGCGGGAUGGAAGAACUCCAUCCGACACAACCUGUCCUUGCACAGCAAGUUCAUCAAGGUUCACAACGAGGCCACUGGCAAGAGCUCUUGGUGGAUGCUGAACCCUGAAGGAGGCAAGAGCGGCAAGGCACCCCGCCGCAGGGCUGCUUCCAUGGAUAGCAGCAGCAAGCUGCUCCGCGGCCGCAACAAGGUCCCCAAGAAGAAACCAACUGUGCUGCCAGCUCCCCCUGAAGGUGCCACUCCUACGAGCCCUGUCAGCCACUUUGCCAAGUGGUCAGGCAGCCCUUGCUCUCGAAGCCGUGAAGAAGCCGAUAUGUGGACCACCUUCCGUCCACGAAGCAAUUCAAAUGCUAGCUCUGUCAGUACCCGGCUGUCUCCCAUGAGACCAGAAUCUGAGGUGCUGGCAGAGGAAAUUCCAGCCUCAGUCAGCAGCUAUGCAGAGGGUGUCCCCACCCUAAAUGAAGAUCUGGAGCUGCUAGAUGGGCUCAAUCUCACAUCUCCCCACUCGUUGCUAUCCCGGAGCAGUCUCUCAGGCUUCUCUUUGCAGCAUGCUGGGGUUACUGGCCCCUUACAAUCCUACAGCACCUCCCUCUUCAGCCCAGCAGAGGGGCCCCUGGCAGCAGGAGAAGGGUGCUUCUCAAGCUCCCAGUCUCUAGAGGCCCUGCUUACCUCUGAUACGCCACCACCCCCUGCUGAUGUCCUCAUGACCCAGGUAGAUCCUAUUCUGUCCCAGGCUCCCACACUUCUGUUGCUGGGUGGGAUACCUUCCUCCAGUAAGCUGCCCACAGGAGUGGGCCUGUGUCCCAAGCCCCUAGAGGCUCCAGGCCCCAGCAGUCUGGUUCCCAGCCUACCUAUGAUGGUACCACCUCCAGUCAUGGCAGGUGCUCCCAUCCCCAAGGCCCUGGGAGCUUCUGUGCUCACACCUUCUACUGAAGCAGCAAGCCAAGACAGAAUGCCUCAGGAUCUAGAUCUUGAUAUGUACAUGGAAAACCUGGAGUGUGACAUGGAUAACAUCAUCAGCGACCUAAUGGAUGGGGGUGAGGGACUGGACUUCAACUUUGAGCCAGAUCCCUGAUGAGUCGUGGCUGGAAUCUUUGUCUGUCCCCUGCUACAGAGAUGGAGCCCGGUGCAUGCAUAUCCAUGCUUUUCCCUUGAGCCCUCCCCAGGGAUUUAGGACCCUACUUCAGAGUGAGGGUGGGGUCUAGUCACACAAACGGGUACUGAAGAAAUCACCCUAAAGAUAAAGCUGCCCCAUAUGGGGUUCAUGGGGGGAGGGUGAUGGGUGGGGAAAAGGGAAGAGGGUUUAUUCUCACUGUGCCAAUUAGGAGGUAAGGCCCUUUCUCAGGAGCCAUCCUCAGCUUCCCCGUCCCAUCCCUGGGCUUUGAAGCAGGGGCCAGCAAUGCUGUUGGAAAUGUGAAGUCACCAGUGGCCUUACCCCUGCCUUUGGGAGCAGGAUUUUUUUUGUAGAGAGUCUUAUCUGGGCUGGACCAGGCAAAAUUGAGCCUGGGAUUUUUAUGCAGUGGCCCCUUAGGCCAGUGGGGGGUGGGGGGAUAGGGGACCUUAAAAGGCCAAAGGUCUGAGCACUGGAGUGGCUCACCAGGCCAGUCACCUUUGGAAGGCUGCAGAUAACAGAAAGGCUUUUUAUAAA